AUGGCCAUCUCUUCUCUGCGUCUCCCGUUCUCGCUGUGGCUUCCAAGACUCCCAAUUCAGAGCUUCCGUUUCUCAAAACCAAUUUUACCCCUAAGAUUGAACCUUAUUUACUGCUCCUCCUCCAUCUCCUCCUCCAUCUCCUCUACUGCUCAACAACAAACCUCAACCCACCUUGACAAAUGGCAAUCCGUUCGAAAGAAGAAAGUGGUUCUCCGGGUCGGGUACGUCGGCUCCGAUUACCGAGGCUUGCAAAUGCAACGAGACGAACAUUCAUUAUCUACUAUUGAAAAAGAACUGGAAACGGCCAUAUUCAAUGCCGGCGGUAUCAGCGAUAGUAAUCUCGGGAACCUUAACAAGAUUGCGUGGGCCAGAAGUAGCCGAACAGAUAAAGGAGUUCACUCAUUAGCGACGAUGAUAUCAUUUAAAAUGGAAAUCCCGGAGAAAGCAUGGGAUGGAGACCCUUAUGGCAUUGCCCUUGUGAAUCACAUUAACUAUUAUCUUCCUCAUAAUAUCAAAGUUUUUAGCAUUUUGCCUGCGCAGAGGAGCUUUGAUCCUAGAAAGGAGUGUAAUCUCCGCAUGUAUUCAUACCUCCUUCCUGCUGAUGUUAUUGGAAUCAAAAGCCACUUCAGCGCAGCAGAAAUUGAUUAUCACAUCUCAGACUUCAAUAGUAUACUAAAUUGUUUCGAGGGAGAACAUCCUUUUCAUAAUUAUACCAUACGAUCUAAAUACAGGAGGAAGCUUCCUGUAAAAAAAUCACGUAGACAUGGAAGUGUGUCAAUAACAGGGAGAUCAACUGGAGAGGCAUCAGCCUCUGAGUAUGAGGAAAGUGAUGUGGAUGAAAAUUUGGAUGGAACAAACACACCAGAAUCAGAUGCCGAGGUACUGAACCAAAAUUCUUCACCGUCUAGCAAUAGUGAGGGCAACUUACGCAAUGCUUGCGAGAAGCAGGGAGAUGGUGGCAACGAUCAAAGUGCUAGUUCAGUCAUCCGUGCAAGAUGGUUAUAUGAACCUGAUGAAAGAGAUAGAAUAAGUGCUUCUCAUUUCAGAAAGAUUUUUCGCUGUUCUUGUGGGAAGCUAGAGAAGUCGCUUGGACAUGAUUAUGUUGAACUUUCCAUUUCGGGAGAGUCUUUCAUGUUACAUCAAAUUCGCAAAAUGGUUGGAACUGCCGUGGCCAUAAAGCGCAAGUUACUCCCAAGAGAUAUUUUGACAUUAUCACUGGCCAUGUUCUCACGGAUAAUCCUACCACUUGCCCCAUCUGAAGUUUUGUUUUUAAGAGGAAACAGAUUUUCAAUCAGAGGACGACCUGGAAAUGUAACAAGGCCUGAAAUGAUGGCAAUGGUUGAAUCAGAAGAAAUUAUUAAGGCUGUUGACGAGUUCUACACAUCUGUUAUGUUGCCUGAAGUUUCAAAGUUCUUAGAACCUUCAGGAUAUCCUUGGAAAGAAUGGGUUGAAAACUUAGAUAGAAACACAGGCAUUCCUGAUGCAGAAUUGGAUGAAGUCAGGAAUGCUUGGAAAGUGUGGAAGGAAAAGUUUGACAGUGUUGCACCAGUCCUAAACCAAUGA